AUGCUGCCAGGCACCGUUGGCUCAGCACAAGACGCCCUUGAGUCUGCCAAGGAGGAUGAGCUCGAGCAGCUGCUGUGGCGAGUGGCCCGCGGGCAGGUCUCCAUCUCCGCGGCGGUAGACUUUCUCGAGACUGAGCCCGAGCAAGACUUGGCGGAAAAGCGCGGUGCCCGGCGCUGGAGCCAUCAGACCCGGGCGCUGGCGAAGCCGACGCCGACAACCUUGGCUCCGGCACAUGCGAUACAGCGGAGCAAGGCCCCGCAGUGCGCCCAGGUUGUGGUCGAGGCCUAUGAGGAGAACGAUCCUCUUUGCGCAGGCUGCAGGGUUCGAGAUCAUCAGCUGAAGGCACUUGCCAAAGCUCUGCAGGGCUUAGCGAAUGCCGCGCUGAGCUUGUCCGGGCUUUCGCUCCCAAAGCAGGAGCUGGCGCGGCUGGUCCUCGACCACUGCAGUCCCUGCAGUCACCUUGAAGUGGGCAUCGGGACGCUGUGCGCGUCGCUUCAUGCAGCGGUGAAGGACAGCCAACGGCAGGAACCAAAGGUGUUCUCCGAAGCCUUGCCACCGUCGAAGGUCACCCCUUUGCGCGAUCCCUCCCCGAUCGCUGCUGCGGAGCGGGAUAUCGGUGCUCUGUCUCCGACUCGAUUCCCACGGGCCCGACCGGUUGCGCCAUAUCAGGACGCUGACCGCGUGCAGUUUCACGAUCUGCAGGUCUCGGGAGUCGAGGUGGAGGUGCAGCGGUCGCCGAACUCGACGCCGGCGGCGCUGCUUCGGAUGCCGGAGCUCUCGCCGCAGCCCAGGCCCUCACCUCCACGUUCGCGUCGUCGUGCUGCGAGUCCCUACGAGCUCGCGACUCGCGGCCCCCAUCGGGCUGAGCCGGAUCGGACAUUGGAGGAUGCUGCGGGAGCCUGGGUUCAGAGGAGUGCCCCGAAACCAACGCAACGAGCCGACAUGCUCUUCGAUCUGCCGCAGCCCUUCGAAGCUCCCCCGCUUUUGCCAAAGCCGCAAGGACGUGCGAGCCCACACCAAGCACCGCACGAGGCGAUGGCAGCGAAAGCUCUGAGGCACCAAGCCGAAGAGCCGCUGCCUGCUGCGGCGCCUGUGGCAGAGGUGCCUGUACCGCUAAACGUGGCGGGGUCACAAUCAGAUGUCGCCUUGGCAGAUCACAGCAUUCCGACACCGCUUCCUGUAGCCAACGGAAGCGAAGCUGAAGAGUCAGUGGCAGUGGCACCCAACAAGCUGGACACCGAUGCUUCCGGUGCUGAUCGCAGUGCUCCGGCACCCAAAGCUACGACCCUUGUUAGUGCAGACGAAGAGGGUGCCCAUCCGGCCUCACAUCCGCAGCCGGCAGCACGAAAGACCGUCAGCUUGGGCGAUCUUCCAGAGACUCACCGCAGCGCCGAUGGCCAAGCACCGCAGAAGAUGGAGAGGCAGAACGCGCGGAGCCUCUCCGUGUUCGCCAGCCUUCCUGGGUACACCAAGGAGUUUGCAUCCUGCGCCGGGCUGGAGAUGUCACCAGAAGAGCUGGCUGCUCAUACCUCUCCAUCUGCAGGUGGUGUUGGGCUGAAAGGCAAGGGCGAAGCGACUCGCAAGGACGGAAAUGCUUCCUCCGAGCCGAGUGCGAAACCCAGCGCUGACUCGCCGGCUCCACCCGGCAAGCCUGCUGCCAGGGAGCCGACUGCAGAGCCGCCAAACAAGGACGAACCUGCUCCGCCUGGCGAUCCUGCUGCCACCGAACCCAGCACAAAGCCAGCAACCGGUGAUGCUCCUGCUCCACCCAGCAAGUCUGUCAUAGAGCCGAGUGCAAAGCCACCAAGCCAGGACACCGCGGUUCCACACGGCCAACCUGCCACUCUUGAUCCGAACACAAAGCCGCCAAGGGCAGAUGCACUUCUUCCAGACGGCCAGUCGGCUUCCCCUGAACCAAGCAAGGAGACACCCAAGAAGGAACCUGCCAGAACGGAGCCCAGCACGAAAGUCCGGCACAGCGCUCCUCAAGGGGGCAUCCCUUCGGAUGCGGACCUCGCCGACUGGAGGAAGCACAGUUCGGGGGCCCUUUCUGACAGUGCACGACCCGUCCCUGAGUCUGCACCGCUGGUCGCCAGCUCCUCUACGGCACCGAAGGCUCCGCCGGCAGCUUCGCCAGAAUCUCCUGAAACCGCUCGGCAUGAUCGGAGCCAGGAGUUUCAGAAAGCGGACAUGCCGAGGGCAUCCUCUGACGCUGCUGCACCCAACCCGUUGCAGAACGAGGACGAUAGCGAGUCCAGUUCGGAGGAGAGUGACUCCUCCGGUGGCUCAGCACCAUCGGCCCCUCCCGAGAAUAAGCCGAAAGAUCUGCACCAAGCGGAGGCUUUGGGAAGGGCCCCAGCUGCCACCGACAGCGCUCCAGCGGCUAUCCGCAAAUCUUUGCCCGACCGGCCUCUGGAGGCGCCCCGUGCCGGCAGCCUGCGCCUGGGUAACGGCCCGAUGCGCGCCGGGAGUUUGUCCUUCAAAGGGACUCCCAAAGCGUUUGCGCGUCCCUGA